AUGGAGCUCAGUCGGCCCCAACAUCAGACAGGACUGGAGCAGCCCUCCCUCAGGAACCCUUCCACAACCUGGCUGACCCAUGUGCUCUCUGCUGCCACAGUGCGACUACCCCCUCCCCAAACCACACAGCACCUAUUCCCUGUGGCCUCCCCCUCACAGACUCCAUGCUGUCACAUGUGCAGAGCCCCCCUCCUUCUGCUGCUGCAACCCCCCACACAUCAAGCUGCUCCUGACAAAGCACGCCUCCAUCCCCCACCCCGCCUGACCCCCCCCGCCCGGCCCCCUCCAGCUCUGCCCCAACACAACCACCUGGCAUUGUCCUUUAUACGGAAUCAGGUGGGCCCACAACAAGCAAAUGCUUUGUAA